AUGGCUCUGUUUUUCAACCGAAUCUCGAAGCUCUCUGUGAGAUUCUCCUCCUCUCGUAUCACACACAAUGUCUUUGAUUCUCAAAGCUGUGGUUUAUGCACUAAUGAUUUGAAGUCACGCAGGGACAAUGCUCGUUUCUUCUCAUCUUUGCCUCAGUCCCCGUAUCUGCUUCUAGGCGGUAAGCUGCUGCGAGAGUCUCCGGAGGGCAAAAUCGGAAAGCACAGAUAUUUCGACCCGACAACAGAAAAGAGAGUGUAUAACAGCGAGAAGACGGUUCCCAAGGAGCUCAAUGGUCAAUCUCUUCUGGGAACAUCACAAGGCUGGGUCGCUUGUCUGGAGAAGAAAGACUUUACCGUGCAUCUCACGGAUCUUUACAAGACAUGGGUCUCAUCCCCAAGAAUCAUACCACUGCCUUCAAUCGGGUUUAAACCCUCGACGCACGCCACUGAGAUAUCUCUCUCUUCUUCUGAUCCUGUCCAAGACGACUUCUCUGUGGCUGCAAAGUUCAGUGAGUAUCAGCUAAGCGUGUGCAGGCCUCGUUGGGACUCUAAGUGGACCCACAUCGACACACCUUACUCUCUUUUACCAGCCUCUGAUCUAAUCUAUUCCAAGAGAGACGAAUCCUUCUACUUCACCAGUUACAAGGGUCUCUACAUGGGUUCUUUGGAUCUCAGCGAAAACGAGCUCAAGUUUCAAGAACUACGCCUACGGAACCAGCCUAAGAUCCCAGAGGCGAGCUGGGAGUUGCUGGACAAAUGUUUCAUGAGCAAUCACUUAGUGGAAUCUCCCUCUGGUGAACUUUUCUUCAUCAAAUGGUACACACUUUGCAUUCGCAGAGAGGAGGAGGAGUACAUUUUUACGCACGGCAUAACUAAGCGUUUUAUGGUGUUUAGGGAAGAUGAGAAGAGCAAAGACUUUUGCUACACUGAAGAUAUUGGAGAUCUCUGCAUCUUCCUUGGCAAGAGUGAAGCCUUAUGUGUCUCGGCAAGCAUGUACCCAGGACUCAAGCCUAACUCUAUCUAUUACAUUGGCCCCGGACUUGGUUCUUACGAUCUAGCUUCUGGUACGGUCCGUUCUUUCGAUACCGCACGUGGCAAACCCUCGCUGGUCCCUUACCCAUACUGGCUUAAUCCCAUUGCUUAA